AUGUGCCGAGAAGGAGCACACAAAUUGCUGCCCGGGCUCCGCAAAGCUUUGGGCGACUCGGUUUCCCUUCUGCGGCAAGCUGCCGCUGGAUCACUGCAGACCAUGGGUGAAGCAGCAGCAGAAGCCGUGCCGGAGCUCCGAGAAGCUUUGCAUGACUCUCGUUUUUUUGUUCGUCGGGAUGCCGCUGUAGCCCUGGGCUCCGUCGGGAAACAGGCAAAUCAAGCUGCGCGGGAGCUGCUGAAGGCAGCAGGCGACUCUGAUUCGCGGGUCCGCAAAGCUGCUGCAGAAGCCGCGGAUUCCAUCGCCAAAGAGGCCGCAGACGCCGUGCUGCCGCAGCUCCGGCAGGCUUUAAGCGACGCUGAUAUGAAUGUCCGCCGGGCUGCCGCUGGAGCUCUGCAUUCCAUGGGCAAAGGCGCACGGGGCGCCACGGCAGAGCUCCGGAAGGCUCUGGGCGACUCUGAAUGGGAAGUCCGCAUAGCUGCCGCUCAAGCUCUGGGGUCUUUGGGCAAGGAGGCGGCAGAAUCUGUGCUGCCGGAGCUCCGCAGGGCCUUGGGAGAUUCUGAUCGCAAUGUCCGUUGGACUGCAAUUGAAGCCCUAGGGUCCUUAGGCAAAGGGGCAGAGGACGCCGUACCGGACCUCUUAAAGAUUUUGGUCGACUCGGAUGCGGAAGUUGGCAGAGCUGCCACUGAUGCUCUAGGCUCCAUCGGCAAGGAGGCAACAGAAUCUGUGCUGCCGCAGCUCCAGGAGGCAUUGCAAGACUCUCAUCGCAGAGUUCGCGCUGACGCUGCUAGAGCUCUGGGGCACAUCGGGAAUCAUGCAGCCGUGCUGGAGCUUCGGAAGGCCCUAGGCAGCUCUGACCUGAUGCUCCGCCGAGCUGCCGCUAAAGCCAUGGGCUCCGUGGGAGCUCCGGCAGAGGAGGCCAUGCCGGAGCUCCUGAAGGCUUUGGACAACUCAGCCUGGCAAGUGCGCAGGGAUGUAGCUGAAAGCCUGGGAAAAAUCGGCAAGGAGGAGGCCAUGCCGUAUCUCCGGAAGGCUUUGGGCGACGCUGAGUGGCAUGUCCGCAAAGCUGCCGCUGACGCCCUGGGCUCUAUGGGCAAAGCCGCGACGGAAGCCGUUCCGGAGCUCCGGAAGGUUUCGGUGGGGGACGUACACCCUCGUUGCCGCAAAGCCGCCGCUGAUGCCCUGGCCAGGAUCUCCGAGGAAUAG